AGUGUGUGGACUAACUAUAAUCGAUGUCAUAGCAACUGGUUGCAUGAUUCGUUUGAAUUGAUCUAACUUCUGACGAAAAUCUCGAGUAAAAUUCUACAUUUCGAAUAAUUGAAGAGAAGGAACUCAUCAUGGAUGAAGUUAUGAGUAAUGGACAGCAGAGGGGGACGCCGCAAAAGAAAGAAGAUGAUGAUUAUUGCCUUAAAUUGAUAGAAACAAUUGGUUUCAAUGGGUCCAAUCCGGGGAGCUUAAUCUUCCAUCCCGACAGGUCCCAUAUCGUCUAUCCCCUUGGCAACACUGUUGUGAUAGAGCCGAUUGAAAGUGGUGGUAAACAAGUGUUCCUGAAGGGUCACACUGAUGCUGUGACAUGUGUAACUAUCUCACGCAGCGGCAAAUAUAUAGCAUCUGGUCAGAGGACCCAUAUGGGUUUCAAGGCCUUCAUUCUUGUUUGGGACUAUGCCCUGAAAAAGGAGUACUGUAAGCUAGACCUGCACAAGGUCAAAGUUCAAGACCUUGCCUUCUCAAACAAUGACCUCUACCUUAUGUCACUGGGGGGUCAAGAUGAUGGCUGUAUCAUCAUCUGGGACAUAAAGAAGAAAGAUGCUGUGUGUGGAUCAGAGGCUGCUUUAAUGAGUGCAGGGACAACAUUCUGUGUUGCUGCAGCCAAUAAUAACGAUAAGAAAUUCUUCUCUGGUGGAGAUGGUACACUACGUGCUUGGGAACUUGAUGUUGAGAAUCGUAAGAUCAGACCUACUGAUGUAAAUAUGGGACUUCUCAAGAGAAUUGUCAAGAAAAUUGUGGUUGCUGCUGAUGAUAGUAGCUUCUACUGUGCCACUACCACUGGCGACAUCUUGAGAAUAACAAUAUCGAGUAAUCUACUUGGCUCCUACUAUCCCCAGAAGAACCUGUUUUGUAGGGGUGUUACAUCCCUAGUCCUGAUGCCGGAUAAUAAAUUUCUCAUUGGCACCGGAGACGGUACGGUGGCCCUUGCUUGCUAUUCUAAGGAGAAGUUUACGGUCUCAAAGCGAGUGCAGGUUUCCCAGGCAGGAGAAAUUACUUCCAUUACUCUGAGAGGAAAAGGGCAUCAGUUCUACGUCUCGACAUCCAAUUCACACAUCUAUCGAUUUACCAUGGCGGAGUUCGACAAGUAUGUAUUGUCCAAGACCUGUCACCAUUGUAAGGUCAAUGACAUCAACUUUCCAAAUAAUUGCUCUGAGCUCUUUGUGACAAGUGCUGGUUCUGACAUAAGGGUCUGGAAUAUCAAGAAGAAUACUGAGAAGAAACCCCAAACUGAAGAAGCGUUGCGUAUUGAAGUACCUAACAAGACAUGUAAUGCUGUCUGUGUUAUGCCAGACGGAGGAAGCAUCAUUUCAGGCUGGGAUGACAACAAGAUCCGUGCUUUCAAACCACUGACUGGCAAAUUGUGGUAUGAGAUCGCCGAUGCUCAUAACAGAGUAACAGCUCUGACCGUUACCAGUGAUAGCAAGCGCAUCAUCAGUGGAGGAGGAGGUGGUCAGGUGCGCAUAUGGAACAUUGGAGUCAAGAAGCAGGAACUGAUUGGCACCCUGAAAGAGCACAAGGGUGUUGUAUCCUUUCUGCGAGUCAACUCUACGAACACAGAGUGUGUGAGUGCCAGCGGAGACGGAAGCUGUGUCAUCUGGGAUCUACAAAAAUUUGUGCGUGCCCAAGUAGUGUUUGAUAACACUCAGUUCACAUGUGUGACAUACAGUCGAGGAGAAGGUCAGAUUCUUACAUCUGGUACAGAUAGAAAGAUUGCCUAUUGGAAUUGUCCAGAUGGUAGUGAGAUCCGUGAGAUGGAAGGAUCUCAAACUGGCGCUAUCAACACCAUGGACAUUUCACCAGAUGGAAGGCACUUCGUGACUGGUGGCGACGAUGAACUGAUCAGGGUAUGGGAUUUCAACGAAGGCGUUGUAACCAAGAUUGGUACUGGACACUGCAGUGAAAUCACCCGUCUGCGCAUCUGCCCUAACCAGAAGUUCAUCGUCAGUGUCAGCAAAGAUGGGGCUAUCUUCCGCUGGAAGUACCCUGUCUAAGCCUUUCACUUUAGACUGAAGAUAGAAGAUCAAAUUUGAUCUAGUUGAUGAUAGUGUUGAACAUAUUCAAAGUGUGAAUAUGAAUUGAAAUGGUCAACUUAUAUGUUGGAGAAUGGAAAGGGAUUAAAAAAAAAAGACAACGAAACAUCCCCCACCUCUCUCCGGGGCCCCUCUCCCCCUGCCAGAUUACAAAAACUGCAAGUUGAGAGAUAUUAAGAAAGAAUCUGUUUGUUUUUCAAUUUGUCAAAUAGCAAUGAUUACAAAAAAACAGUUAUCAUGAGAGGAUGAACUUUGAUACAUUAAAGCCCCCAUCACACUUAUUCCGAAUCAAGCAGAAUUGGCCUGAAUGAAACGACUAUUGUUUGACCACCAGUUGGUCAUUUAAAUCUACUUCAAACACCGUUCGAAAAUAUCCCUCGAAUGUUUUGAACAUGACCAAAACCUUUGGGACGGCCAAAAGAAAUGACAAAAAUAUUUCGAAUGCACUCAGGAUAUUUAGAAUGCCCCUAGAAUGUCCAAGAACGUAGCAGGAAUUAUCAAUCUGACUCCAUUGCGGUUCAUUUUGACUAGUGUAUGAUGAUACACCUGGUCAAUUCACUGAAUUUCAACUCCAGUUUGGUGAAUUCAUAAGUUCCUCCCAAAAAUUUCUAGAUUUUUUGAAUAUUUUUUUCUUUCCAGCUUCUGCUUGAUUCCUGCUGAUUCCGAAUAAGUGUGAUGGGGGCUUUACCAAGAAAGCUUAAUUCUUUAAGGAUCAUCCUACUAUUAGUCUGUUCCACUCCCUGCAAGGCAUUGUACCUAGCUUGUUGGGUUUUUUUUUAAUUUGAUGUAGUAAGUACACAAAGUGGACUGUAUUAUUUGUAUACCUAGGGAGAUUCCAAAAAAAUAUUUGAAUUUGACACCCAUUACUGGUUAUAUCGAACCUCCUAGUACAAUUAAUGAAAAUUUAAUUUUUGUCUCAAUCUUUGUUUGAAACCUUGAUGAAUCUAGAGAAAAAACUUCAUGAAAUGCAAUUUUGAUUGCUACAAAACCUUGUUAAGAGACACAUGAGAGGGGGCAAUGUAAUGAUCCGUCCAGUCAUCAAUUUAUUUAUGUAUAGCCCUAAUGGCAUGCCUGAUUCUCACCUUGAUUUGAUCUUGUUAUUUUGACAGUAUUACACAAUGCUGUCCAGUUGAUUUAAAUUAUAUACAAUUAUAUAAUUCCAUUCUCUCUUUUUUUGUUGAGGAAAUGACAAUAACAAUGUAAUAUUGUUUCUUCUAAGUAUGUGCUGAAGAUUUAACAUUUCCAAAAUGUAUGUUUUAUAUGACUAGAAAAGUGAAUUUAUUUGAACAUUGAUGUUUUUCUAAAAAGAGAAUAAUAUUCUAUUGACAUAAUUACAUUUAUUUACAAAGAUGAUAUCAUUCCUAGACAUUUUAAUUUUAUUACUCUAAGAUAUUGUUAAAUAACAGAUUUUCAGUGGAAAGUAUGUCAUAAUGUGGAGAAAAUAACUUUACUACUAUUGCACAUAAAAACCAGUCAAGUAUUCAACUUGGUAUCUGUAUGUAUACUUUUGUUUGAUAUUUCAAAGGCAUUCUGAAUGUACCAUAAAUUUUUGUUUUGUUUAAUUUCAUUGAAGAAAAUAUGAAACAAAUGUAUAUUAACACCAGCACAUUCUAUUAAUUACUUACAUGUAUAUUUACCAGAUGCUUUUAAGUUUUGUGUGAACUUGUGUAACUUAGAAUACUUAUGUUUGUAAAGUAAUGAAGUGCACAUAUUAUAACAGAUUUAAUAAAUAAAAAAACUUUGGUUAACGGACCUGAA